CUUCUCCCUUGAUCGGCACAGCCACAACCUCCUUCUCCAAUACUCUCUCCCUCGCCGCCGGCCACCUCCGCCUCCUCCCACGCGCCACCUCCGCCUCCUCCCACGCGCCACCUCCGCCUCCUCCCACGCGCCACCUCCGCGACAAACCACUGAAGGAGGGAGAGGACUCGCUCAUAUCGUCCGAUGGAGGAGGACUCGAUCAAGGGGAUGAUCUCCGCGAUAUCCUGGGUGCCCAGGGGCGCCGCCAAGAGCGUGCCCGUCGUUGCCGACCCGCCCACUCAGGAGGAGAUCGCCGAGGCCAUGAAGACCUUCGACCUGGGCAGAGACUCCGGGAGCGACGCUGACGAGGAUGAUGAUGCUGCCACCAUGGAACUCGACGGUGCGGCGGAAACGGUGGAGGAGGUUGAUGAGGCUGCCCGAGCCAAGGCCGUAGCCAAGGCGCUCUGCAAGGGCUCUAGCAAGGCGGACGACGUCGCUGAUGAGCUCCGCGAACUCAACAUGGACGCGUACGAUGAUGAAGAUGAAGAGGUCGAUAUUUUCGGCUCUGGGCUGGGGGACUUGUACUAUCCGAGCAACGCAAUGGACCCAUAUCUGAAGAAGAACAAUGAGGAUGAUGAGGAGGACGACGAUGAUGAUGAGGAAAUCGAAGAUAAGAUGAUCAUGCCUACUGAUUUUGUUAUUGUCUGUGCACAUAGUGAGGACGAUAUCUUCUCUCUUCAGGUCAACAUUCUUGAAGAAACAAAUGAUGGUGAACAAAAUAUCUUUGUGCAUCAUGACGUUCCUCUCGCUGAUUUUCCGCUAUGCACAGCUUGGAUGGAUUUUAAUCUGAAAGGUGGUGAAAAAGGGAAUUUUGUAGCCGUUGGAACCAUGGAUCCUGCCAUAGAAAUAUGGGACUUAGAUAUGGUUGAUGAAGUGCAACCGCACAUGGUGCUAGGAGGACUUUCAAAAAAGAAGAAAAAGACAAAGGGCAAAAAGGGGAAGAAGUAUAAGAAAGGAAGCCACAGAAGUUCUGUGCUUGGUCUUGCAUGGAACAAGGAAGUUAGGAAUGUUCUAGCUAGUGCAAGUGCAGACACAACUGUUAAAAUCUGGGAUAUAGCUGUUGGUAAAUGUGCAGUCACUCUAGAACACCAUGAUGACAAGGUUCAAGCAGUUGCUUGGAGCCCACAGUCACCUGAAGUUCUGCUUAGCGGAUCCUUUGAUAAAACAGUUGCCAUGAAUGAUAUGAAAGAUGGUGGGCAGAAUUGUCAUAAAUGGUCUGUUGAAGCAGACGUCGAAAGUUUAGCUUGGAAUCCACACAAUGAACAUUCAUUUGUGGUCAGUCUUGAAAAUGGGAUGGUUCAAGCCUUCGAUAAGCGAACAGCUUCAUCAAGUUCUUCUGGCCAGUCUAUGUAUACCCUUCAUGCACACGAUAAGGCUGUUUCUUCCAUCUCCUUCAACCCGUCUGCCCCUAACUUUCUCGCAACAGGCUCAGUUGAUAAAAUGGUGAAACUAUGGGAUCUAUCAAACGACAAACCAUCAUGCAUUGCCUCCCAAAAUCCAAAGCUUGGAGCUAUUUUUUCGGUAUCAUUUUCAAAUGACAGCCCCUUCUUGUUAGCAUGUGGAGGUUCAAAAGGCAAACUGAAGGUUUGGGACACGCUUACGGAGCCUGCAGUAGCCAACAAGUUCAGCAAAUAGAACUGCCGCUGUUUGCCAUUAUAAGUUAUUUCCCGGCACACACAUGUUUGGGUAGAUUGAAGUUAUAGUCGAAGUUUUGCCCUUGUGAGUUGAGGAGCCCAAUUGUAUAAUGAACUCAUGAAAUCAAUCCAAGCAUUGAUUUAUGUAUUAGUGGUGGGCAGAGGUUUUGGAGUGGACGUAUUAACUUUAUGACGGUGCGAGUUGGGUUGUGACUUCCCAAUUUUUUGUGAAAGAAGUUAGUGAUCUUCAGACCAGCUCA